AUGAUUGCUGAUUAUUGUGAUGGUCAGGUUUACCGCCAGCACCCUCUUUUCUCUAGGGACCCACAUGCUUUACAGAUUAUAUUGUAUUAUGAUGAUGUUGAAGUUGUGAAUCCACUGGGCAGCAAAACCUCAAAACAUAAAGUUGGUAAUGAGAUAUUUUUAUUUCACUAUACUGUCACAAGUCAUGAGACAUUCAUGCAUGUACCUCAGAGAGUAAGGAAAGGCAUUUAGGUGUAGUUGUUUCACAAUUAAGAUUCAACCAGUUCAGAUACUUAUUUGAUGUCAUAAUCAAUUAACCUUUGUAAGCAUGCUAAAUGUUGCAUACUAUUUUAGGCGUUUUUUACUAUACUCUUGGGAAUAUUGACCCUAAGUACCGAUCCCAGCUAAAGGCAAUGCAGCUUCUGGCAAUUGCAAAGAGAACUGUGAUCAAGAAGUAUGGAUGCAAUGAAAUUCUUCAAACAUUCAUGACAGAGCUCAAUCAGUUAGAGCAGGUGAGAGUUGAAUAAUGACCACAGUGUGCAGUACAUUCAAUAUCUGUUGUAGAGUAAACUGAAAGUAUAAAAUGCAACAGACUUUAAAAAUUGUAUUAGUCUUAUUUGUAUUGUAUAUAUUGGACAGAUUAGGGCUUGACUAUCAACAUCCUAUUUUUUUUAUUUGAUCUAUAUUUAUUUCCUAAGGAUGGAGGAUACCAGUUUACCAUAAAUGGGGAAAGAAAGUCUUUGAGAGGAACCAUCAGCUUUGUUUCCGGUGAUAAUUUGGCAUCCCAGGAGAUUGAGGCUUUAAAAUUGAAGCUGUUCUGCACUGAAGUGCAGAGUUUGCAUGGGAGAUGCAAAUGA